CCACACCCUGACUAUUACAAACUAUCCAGUUUCUCUUGAGGUAAGCUGUUAUAAAACUGAGUCCAUUGGCAGUGCCAGCAAGUAUACCAUCACUGGUUAAACACUCAACAAUUCAAACAAUUAGCCACUGUGAGGUGGACACUUCCCCCAUCACUAACUUAGACUUGCUUGUUUUGUUUGCUCUAAAGCCACUGAGUUGUGCCAAGAGCAGUACCCAAAACUGCUCCGGUGUCUGGGCUCUGGGCCUAAGAUCCCCAGAUACAUGAAGCUCUGGAUGUUCACCCAGACAACCUCAAGUCCAGCAUCAUCCUAGUAGCCCAAAGUCAGCUGCUUUAGUUCUUCCGGUGGGUGCCUCUCACUGUCCACUUGGCUAUGCCAUCCUACAGCCGUGUUGCACUGGUGACUGGAGCUAAUAAGGGCAUCGGCUUUGCAAUCACGCGUGACCUGUGUCGGCAAUUCUCAGGGGACGUGGUGCUCACCGCACGGGAUGAGGCACGGGGCCUUGCAGCAGUGCAGAAGCUGCAGGCUGAGGGCCUGAGCCCACGCUUCCACCAGCUGGACAUCAACAACUCACAGAGCAUCCGCGCGCUGCACGAUUUUCUGCUCAAGGAGUACAGAGGCCUGGACGUGCUGGUCAACAACGCAGGCAUUGCUCCAAGAUGCACCGAUCUCACCCACUUUCACAUUCUAAGAGAAGCUGCAAUGAAAACCAACUUUUUUGGUACCCAGGCUGUCUGCACAGAACUACUCCCUCUAAUAAAAAUCCAAGGCAGAGUGGUAAAUGUAUCAAGCCUAAUAAGUCUUGAGGCCCUGAAAAACUGCAGCCCAGAGCUGCAGCAGAAGUUUCGAAGUGAGACCAUCACAGAGGAGGAGCUGGCGGGGCUCAUGAACAAGUUUGUGGAGGAUACAAAGAAAGGAGUCUAUGAAAAAGAAGGCUGGCCUAAUAGUGCAUAUGGGGUGUCCAAGAUUGGGGUGACAGUCCUGUCCAGAAUCCUCGCCAGGAAACUCAACGAGCAGAGGAGAGGGGACAAGAUCCUCCUGAAUGCCUGCUGCCCUGGGUGGGUCAGAACCGACAUGGCAGGACCAAAAGCCACCAAAAGCCCAGAAGAAGGAGCAGAGACCCCUGUGUACUUGGCCCUUUUGCCUCCAGAUGCAGAGGGGCCUCAUGGGCAGUUUGUUCAAGAUAAAACAGUAGAACCAUGGUGAACCC